GAAUCAUUCUAUCGCAAGCAGGUCGAGACAGACAUCAAAACCGAGCCGUCCAAGACAGCCGAGGAGCGUCUGAAGAUGAUGGAGCUACUUAAGCGGUUCGAAGAAGAUACACUGGAUGACGAAGGCAAUAUCAUGAAAGAGUUGGCUGGUGCUGAGGGCGACGAGGACGGUGACGACCUUGCAAGCAGAUUGGGCAACGUCGAUCUCGAGUCAGUAUCCCCAGACGAGCUGUGGUCCAUGCUCACGCCCGAAGAACGAGACAAAUUUAUCAAAGCGCUGGACGAUCCUACCAGCGAGCUGGCCCAGCAACUCCUGGCGAGCGAAGAGCUAGAAAAAGUCCGCACCGAGCCAUGGUGGGAGAAUCCCGAUGCCUCUGUCAUCACUGAAGACAGUAUUUCGCCCGCUCCCGUUGAUCACCGCUUGCAAAAACGGUACGGCAAGAGACCCGCGAUAACCCUCCACGUUCCCUCGGGCAUGGUCAAGGCCCCGUCAAGCUCCAGCACAUCACUAUUAUACAACGCGUGUGCAAUGUGCAUCGCAUACGCAUACGCCACACGUCACCUGAGCGUCUCCCCCCUCUCCUCCGCCUCUGACGCAUUGGACGUCGCCGAGGCCCAGCGCCUCAUCUCUUCCCUCGUGCCGUUCCUCGUUGACCGCAAGUCGACUCUGGUUCACCCGAAUAUGAGUAGCGUCGUCACAGACCUAUGGUCCCGGUUUGGCCAGGGACAGAUGAGGCCGAAGCUUUUCGCGCUGCUUCUCCGUGACACCGCGCGUCUUAUGCGACCCAGCAGAGUGAUCGAGGUGCAGCCGCCAGAAGCUGGGAACGACACUGUCCUCCUGGGAACCCACCCAAAUGCAAAUGUGUUCCGUGUAUUCUCGGACCUGGCGCUUCUAUUCGAGAACAAGAACGUCACCAGUCCAGCCGCACCUCGACAUGCUAAUACCAAACCGAAGCCAAAACCUAACCACGUCACACAUAAGCUCACGUUCUACUCCGCGCAUGUCUUAUCUACUCCGUCAUUCAUCCUCGACGCCCUCGCCAAUGAAGCAGUGGCGCGGUCCAACGCGAUGGACACCGAA